CUCCCCACCUGUGGAGGGAGAGGUGAGAUAUUGGAGUCUACGGGUGGUGCCCCCACCCAGUGAUUCCCUUUGCCUGCUGAGCCCCUGGAGCUGGGGUUUCUUCCUCCCUUGCCUUGGCUGGCCACCUGGCUUCUGGGACCGCCACCUGGGGCACCCUUCUGCUUUAAGGCCCAAUAUGGGAGGGGUCAUACCUACCAGCCCCUCCCUUGUGCCCAUUCCACUCCCGCCUGGCUGCCGUCUCCAGCCGGUCCCGGCUGCCUGCCCGGUCACCCGAUCCGCCCUCUAAACUUUACGGCGCGGCGGGCGGUGCGUGGGGCGGUGGCUGGCCUGGUGGGGGCGGGGGCUGCUCCUUAAAGGAGCCGUCAGAGGGUCCCCAGCGGCCCCAGGGUGGGAAGGGGCCAGAGUGGAGAGAUGCUGCUGCGGGAGUCCUCGGUGGAGUGUGAGAAGGCAGCCAGUGUUGGCCUGGAAGACCUCUAGAACCUGAGAAGAGGCAGCGAUCCUGGGGCAGAGUCCAGGGCAGCUCAAGGCUCCUCCACACACACACCCGCUGAACCCUGAGCGCCCUGAGCUGCUGAGAUGGGGUGGGCCGGGGCUGCCGCCGUGAUCCCGGGCCUGGCCCUGCUCUGGGCAGUGGGGCUGGGGAGUGCCGCCCCCAGCCCCCCACGCCUUCGGCUCUCCUUCCAAGAGCUCCAGGCUUGGCAUGGUCUCCAGACUUUCAGCCUGGAGCGAACCUGCUGCUACGAGGCCUUGCUGGUGGAUGAGGAGCGUGGACGCCUGUUUGUGGGCGCCGAGAACCAUGUGGCCUCCCUCAACCUGGACAACAUCAGCAAGCGGGCCAAGAAGCUGGCCUGGCCGGCCCCUGUGGAAUGGCGAGAGGAGUGCAACUGGGCAGGGAAGGACAUUGGUACUGAGUGCAUGAACUUCGUGAAGUUGCUGCAUGCCUACAACCGCACCCAUUUGCUGGCCUGUGGCACGGGAGCCUUCCACCCAACCUGUGCCUUUGUGGAAGUGGGCCACCGGGCAGAGGAGCCCGUCCUCCGGCUGGACCCAGGAAGGAUAGAGGAUGGCAAGGGGAAGAGUCCUUAUGACCCCAGGCAUCGGGCUGCCUCCGUGCUGGUGGGGGAGGAGCUAUACUCAGGGGUGGCAGCAGACCUCAUGGGACGAGACUUUACCAUCUUUCGCAGCCUAGGGCAACGUCCGAGUCUCCGAACAGAGCCACACGACUCCCGCUGGCUCAAUGAGCCCAAGUUUGUCAAGGUAUUUUGGAUCCCGGAGAGCGAGAACCCAGACGACGACAAAAUCUACUUCUUCUUUCGUGAGACGGCGGUAGAGGCGGCGCCGGCACUGGGACGCCUGUCCGUGUCCCGCGUUGGCCAGAUCUGCCGGAACGACGUGGGCGGCCAGCGCAGCCUGGUCAACAAGUGGACGACGUUCCUGAAGGCGCGGCUGGUGUGCUCGGUGCCCGGCGUCGAGGGCGACACCCACUUCGAUCAGCUCCCAUCUUCCAGGGCUCUGCGGUGUGCGUGUACAGCAUGAACGACGUGCGCCGGGCCUUCUUGGGACCCUUUGCACACAAGGAGGGGCCCAUGCACCAGUGGGUGUCAUACCAGGGUCGCGUCCCCUACCCGCGGCCAGGCAUGUGUCCCAGCAAGACCUUUGGCACCUUCAGUUCCACCAAGGACUUCCCAGACGAUGUCAUCCAGUUUGCGCGGAACCACCCCCUCAUGUACAACCCUGUCCUGCCCAUUGGGGGGCGCCCUCUUUUCCUACAAGUUGGAGCCAAUUACACCUUCACUCAAAUUGCCGCGGACCGGGUUGCAGCCGCUGACGGACACUAUGACGUCCUCUUCAUUGGCACAGACGCUGGCACGGUGCUGAAGGUGAUCUCGGUCCCCAAGGGCAGUAGGCCCAGCGCAGAGGGGCUGCUCCUGGAGGAGCUGCACGUGUUUGAGGACUCGGCCGCUGUCACGAGCAUGCAAAUUUCUUCCAAGAGGCACCAGCUGUACGUAGCCUCGCGGAGCGCGGUGGCCCAGAUCGCGUUGCACCGCUGCGCUGCCCACGGCCGCGUCUGCACCGAAUGCUGUCUGGCGCGUGACCCCUACUGCGCCUGGGACGGGGUCGCGUGCACGCGCUUCCAGCCCAGUGCCAAGAGGCGGUUCCGGCGGCAAGACGUAAGGAAUGGCGACCCCAGCACGUUGUGCUCCGGAGACUCGUCUCGUCCCGCGCUGCUGGAACACAAGGUGUUCGGCGUGGAGGGCAGCAGCGCCUUUCUGGAGUGUGAGCCCCGGUCGCUGCAGGCGCGCGUGGAGUGGACUUUCCAGCGCGCAGGGGUGACAGCCCACACCCAGGUGCUGGCAGAGGAGCGCACCGAGCACACCGCCCGGGGACUACUGCUGCGCAGGCUGCGGCGCCGGGACUCGGGCGUGUACUUGUGCGCCGCCGUCGAGCAGGGCUUUACGCAACCGCUGCGUCGCCUGUCGCUGCACGUGUUGAGUGCUACGCAGGCCGAACGACAGGCGCGGGCCGAGGAGGCUGCGCCCGCCGCGCCGCCGGGCCCCAAACUCUGGUACCGGGACUUUCUGCAGCUGGUGGAGCCGGGCGGCGGUGGCAGCGCGAACUCCCUGCGCAUGUGCCGCCCGCAGCCUGCGCUGCAGUCACUGCCCCUGGAGUCGCGGAGAAAGGGCCGUAACCGGAGGACCCACGCCCCUGAGCCUCGCGCUGAGCGGGGGCCGCGCAGCGCAACGCACUGGUGACUGGACUGUCCCCACGCCGGGAACCAAGCAGGAGACGACAGGCGAGAGAGGAGCCAGACAGACCCUGAAAAGAAGGACGGGUUGGGGCCGGGCACAUUGGGGGUCACCGGCCGAUGGAGACACCAACCGACAGGCCCUGGCUGAGGGCAGCUGCGCGGGCUUAUUUAUUAACAGGAUAACCCUUGAAUGUAGCAGCCCCGGGAGGGCGGCACAGGUCGGGCCCAGGAUUCAGCCGGAGGGAAGGGACGGGGAAGCCGGGCUCCAGAGCAACGACCAGGGCCGAGGAGGUGCCUGGAGUGCCCACCCUGGGAGACAGACCCCACCUCCUUGGGUAGUGAGCAGUGAGCAGAAAGCUGUGAACAGGCUGGGCUGCUGGAGGUGGGGCGAGGCAGGCCGACUGUACUAAAGUAACGCAAUAAACGCAUUAUCAGCCAAAGCUGGAAUGGCCCCAGCAGAAAA